AUGGAGAUUACCACUCAGGGACGGAUUGUGCACCGGAAGGACCUGGACCCCACAACAGUCCGGGAGUUGCGUUCGAGGUGUACUGCAGUUGGUGUAGUAGACCCAUUCACUCAGGUUCCGCCUAGAAUCUGCUGCCUGCGGUCUCUGCCGGACGGCCGCCUAGCCUCCCCCCUGCAUGUUCCUCUUGACUCCCUGCGCCUCCCGGAGGCUACAGACGUUAGGCCGCAGCCAGAGCCUCUCUCAGACUUUCCGGCUUUCGAGGGCCGUUUAGACAUCAGCAGACGCCAGCAGGAGGCAUUCGAUGCCGUUUUAAAGGCACUUUCAGAGAAGGGUGCUGGAGUGCUCUCCAUUCCCGUCGGUUUUGGUAAGACCACCGUAGCAAUUGCAAUUGCAUGUCAUUUCAAGGUUAAGACCCUGAUUGUUGUGCACAAAACGGCUCUACUUGACCAAUGGGUUGAGAGGAUCCAGACCUUUGCACCGGGUGCCAGGAUAGGCCGAAUCCAAGGGCCACUGGUUGAUUGCGAGGACAAGCACUUUGUAGUGGGAAUGCUGCAAUCCCUUAGCACAAAGGCAUACGACCGAAAGGUGCUCGACAGCUUCCAUUUGGUCACACUGGACGAAUGCCACCACGUUGGUGCUCCAAUUUUCUCGAAGGCCUUUGACCGUUUAUGUGUCCGUUACUCUUUGGGCCUCUCUGCCACCCCUGAGAGAAAGGACGGCUUAAAGGACGUCAUCAGCUGGUAUCUAGGAGAGGUAUGCUUCAAAGUGGAGCGAAAGGAUGCCUCCACGGUCGUGGUUGAGCGAAUGAAGUACGAGAGCCCCACUUACUCUCGAGAGAUUCCCACUUUCCCCAACGGCCAGCCGGCCCUCUAUAGAAUGAUCGAGACGCUCUGCUCGGACCAACGGCGCAACAGCUUGCUGGUCGAGAAGGCUUCUUCCAUCACGCGUGAUAAGAGCGUCUCUCUCUUGAUCCUUUCUGAACGGAGGGCACAUUGCGCAGAGCUUAAGGAGGCUCUUUGCAAGCUGCACAUCAGCGCAGGACUGUUUCUUGGAGGUUGCAAAAAGGAGGAGCUCGAGGCAGUCGCUCAGGAGUGCCAGGUCAUCUUGGCAACAUAUUCGAUGGCAGCAGAGGGCCUGGAUAUUUCAAGACUUAAUGCUUUGAUUCUGGCAACCCCCAAGGGCGACGUGCGGCAGUCUGUGGGGAGGAUCAUGAGGAGCACUGGUGCCACGGCACUGAUAUGGCCCAUCAAUAUCCUCAAAAUCAAACCCAAACAAAGGGUGCCGACUGCCGCAUUGCCGCACCGCAGCACCGGCAUACGACUGAAGGAAGAGCAGUGGGUCUACGCAAUCAAGUGCAACUCGAGGUUCUAUCGAAGCACACACCUUAUGGACUCAAUCUCCAUGAGCUCCGUAGUCGUAUUCCAGAAGCAAUGCGUCGCGGAGCGCAUGCUGAAUGAUCUCCGCUACAUCACGGAUAUCAGGGGGGUCGACUGCCGUCCUACGCAAUUGAUAAUGCAAACUUCCGUGCAUGCGACCCAUGUGAAUGCUCCCCUUCCAGAGGGUGCCAUCCUGGAGAUCUAUCCCACCAUGGUUGGCAUUAUUGCUGAGUACCCGCAUUCCAACUGCCUCGACCUCGACAUCAUCACUGGAGAUGCGGAUGUAGAAGGCACUAGCAAGAUCGAGGACUUUCGAAGGGGGGAGAACACCUUCCGGCUGGCUCCCUACAGCCACACCUUCGAGGCCACUGUCUUGGGACCCAAAAAGCCGGCCAUGAAGGCCAAACGUUACUUGACAAGACGCAAGACCGGAAAGGUGACUCAAGUUUGCAGUGUUUCACGGGUGAACGAGCUUGCAGAGUAA